AUGUCUGCUCAAACCAUUCCAAAAACACAAAAAGUUUCCCUUUUCAAUGAACAAGGCGACACUUCCAAAAUCCAAUACGUUGAAGAUUUUUCCACUCCACAAAUUAGCUCGCCAACGGAUGUUAUUGUAAAGAACUACUAUGCUGGCGUCAAUUUCAUUGAGGCGUAUUUCCGUAAGGGUAUUUACCCCGUUUCCUCGACUCCGUAUGUGUUUGGUCGUGAAGCUAGUGGUGCAGUUGUUGCUGUUGGAUCCGACGUCAAGGAAUUGUCCAUCGGCGACAAGAUUGCAUACUUGUCACCAAAUACAUUCGCUCAAUACACAAAAGUAUCUGCAUCCAAUUUGAAAUUUGUCAAGUUGCCUUCUUCCAGUAAUGACGAGGAUUUGAAAAUCUAUGGAAGCUUGUUUUUACAAGGAUUGACUGCAUUGACAUUUGUCAAUGAAGCUUAUAAUGUGAAAAGCGACGAUUUUGUUUUGGUUUGGGCAGCAGCUGGUGGUGUAGGAAGAUUAAUUGUGCAAUUGGCUGCACAGCGUGGUGCCCAUGUUAUUGCAGUUGCAUCUACUGAUGAGAAAUUGCAAAUUGCCAAGUCUCUUGGUGCAGAGUACCUUGUCAACUCUUCCAGCGAUGACGUUGCCAAAAGAGUGGAAGAAAUAACCAAAGGCAAAGGUGUUGCAGUAUCUUUUGACUCCGUUGGUAAAGACACAUUUGAAACCUCAUUGAGUGCCUUGGCUAGAAAGGGUCAUUUCGUGAGUUAUGGUAACUCAUCAGGUACUGUUACUCCGUUCCCAUUGAGCCGUUUAUCACCCAAAAACAUUCAAUUAGCAAGACCACAAUUGUUUGGAUACAUUACCGAAAAGCAAGAAUGGGACCACUAUGCUGAAGAAUUAAAGAAGUUGUACCAACUGGGGGAGUUGAAGUUUGAAGUGCUGAAAGUUUAUGAGUUGAAAGAUUAUCAACAAGCGGCCGAAGACUUGGAAGGAAGAAAGACUACAGGUAAAUUGACUUUAAAGAUUCCAGAGUAG